AUGGUUCCAAAAAUACUGAAUAAAGAAUUCUGGGAUCAUCUUGCUCUGUUCCCAAAGCUAAAAGGGGAGACAGUUUUAAAUUCGAGCAUUUUCAUAUCACGUUUAUACUGUUUAUGUAAAUUUUAUUUGCGUCUCCGUUUACCACAGGUAGUUCUACUCCAUCGUUCAGAGAACAGUGUCUGAAGUGGCAUAAUGCAUACCGUGAAUUACAUCAGGUAAUUAAAAACAAUCGGGACUUUUCUUGAUCAAAAUCAUGUCACUCCGCUUUCUCACAUCAGACUUUUAAAACAAAACCUAACGCAUGUCCGAGACUGCUUCCCAAAUUUGAAGCGUUUUUUUUUCACGCUUAACAUAUUCGAUACAUCAAUUUGCACGGUCGUUCUAAAGGACAAUAAUUCAUCGCUCCUCCUAAAAAUAUCAAUUUGUUGUCAAGGACCAUUUUGGUUUUAUGAGAUAUUGUAUUGGAUAGUUUAUGUCUUGUGGCUUUUAACGAAAUGAUCUUGGUUUGCAUCUCAUAAAAGACGAUUCCAAAAGCUCUUUUCUUUUUCAUCUUUGAUUUCUUUCGUGCAUUCGCGUCGAAAUCAAACACGCACGUUUUAUGGUAAGCCCAUGGUAAAAUAAAACUGGCGAAAAAUAAUUUAUUUUUUGGUGAUAUGAUUGGUUGAUUGAUACAAAGGAGAAAUCAUCUGUAACUCAUCUAAGAGCUCUUCACGAUGAAGUGUUAACUACCUCAAAGACAUUCCGGUUAAUAUAUUGGCCAAUCAGAACACAUGUAAAUAUCGCACAUAUCUAAAUCUAGAGAACACAAGCGACAUAAAAGUUUCCGAACUCGUGCUGUUAUGAAAAAGUCUCGAUUAAAAUUGGCUUUGCAUCUGCUCAGUUGAGAUGUUGGCACGAGUUCCUUAACCAAUCAUAAAAUGUGUAUGGCAAAGCAAAACCACCCUUUAUAAAAAUUUGCUAAAAUCCGGAUUACUUGACUUGUUCCUAACCUUUAAGCGGCGUGAAAUUGUACACACAAAUUAUAAAAGUCCAGACUAUGCAUAUUCGCCUCCCCAACAGGUGCAGAAUGUGACGUGGAAUGAUACUCUUGCGGCCAAUGCAGAAAAGUGGGCAAACUAUCUGGCAACAAAUAAUCUUUUUGAACAUGCCAAAAAUAUUUGGGAAGGAGAGAAUCUGUACGUGUCCGGCUCCCCUCUGCCUACGGAGCCCUGCACUGAGGCAACGCAACUAUUCUACCGAGAAAUCGACAAUUAUGAUUUCAGCAAGCCUGGAUUCUCUUUGAAAACAGGGCAUUUCACUCAGGUAAUCUUUCAUAAUUUUUUUAAUGCGACGGAUUCUCUGUCUGUCAUUCAUGUGGAAGUCACACGUUUCUAUCCUCAUUCUCCCAGAUUAAUUAAUGAUAAAAACUUUUCUUUUCUUUUUAUUCAUCAAGCAUAUGGACAAUUUUAAAUUUGAAUUUCCUGUUCCCUUUUCCACCCCACAUCACCCAGAACCAAAAUCGGGGCGCCUUCUCACAAAUGAGCCAUUGAAAAUCAGGACCUCUGGAAAAGGACUCGCCAUUAUUUUUUGUCCUAGUUCACAAAUUAAGAAAAUCGAUUUUUUACGUUCUCCUUAUUUGUUUGAAAACUUCCAAAAACCACAACAAUAACACGAGUUUACAUCACAUUUAACCCUUAACACCCUAACAUCAGUAUGCAUAUUCUCCAUACUGUUCUCUAUACAUUUCUGAAGAUACUGACAAGGAGAAUUUAUUUAACAAUCAAGAGUUUUUUAGUUGGUGAUCACUUCCUUUAUUCUUUAUUGAUUCUUAUGACCUUAAUAUUUGAUUCAGGGGGGGGGGUCUCAAUGGGGUUAACUGUUAGCUUUACCCGUUAGGCGUAAAAAUUGACAAAUUUUGAUCGUUAGUAAUUGAAAAUAUUAACCGUAAAAAAAAUUAUAAAUCCAAGCCAAAAAAAAAAAAAAAAAAUAGAAAUAAAACGCACGCUUCAUUAUGGUGCAUCUGGGAUCAAUGUCAGUACCUGGACAACUGUGCACCUACCCCGCAGCCCCCCUUCGCCCAAGAACAGUCAACCUCAGUCAAAUGAUAAGGGUUAAUAUUAGGUUAAGGGAGGGGUAGGAACACAGUUGCUUAGAUCGGCUGCCAUUGAUCCCGCAUCUGUUGGGUCCAACCUUUCGUGGCUUUGCUAUUAGGCCUGUCUCGAUUGUGCUCAUAAAAUGCUGAAAAGUUGCUCACUAGAAUGCCAAAAAAGUUGCUGAAAAAUUGUCAAAAAUCCAAAACGGUUGUUACCAAGAUUUUAAAAAAUGCUGCCUAAAUUUCUUGAUAUUUUUAGAUAAAUGUUAAUUAAAAGGGUUUUUUUUCGUUCUUCACAAUAAUUGCUAACAUCAGCCGAGAACUGAUAGCUCGAAACUGCUUCCAAGAGUUACUCUCCAAUAUGGGCGAAAUUUAAGGAUACUCUUAAAUCUAACGGGAAAACGCAAAUGGUUCAUUUUUGUUUAAGAGGCUGGUAACCAUUCAGGAGUUUUGCAUAAAUUGAUCUUUUUUUAUGAGAGCGUUGAAUUUUUCGAGCUUGAUAUGUGCUCAAAACCUCUGUUUUGCCCAAAAAUUGUGCAAAAAAGGCAAAAAUUGUUCGAGGUCACUAGAACCGCAAAAAAUUGCUCCAAAAGCCAAAAGUUGCUCAAAAGUUGCCGAGCACAAUCAGGACAGCCCUACUUGUAGUACAUCAUCUAAGCUUUCUGUUCUUCAUUUUUUCAGGUCGUAUGGAAAAACACCAAAGAGAUUGGAGCAGCAAAGAGAAUCAGAAAUGAUAGCAGGCUUGUGGUUGUGAUUCGGUAUUUCCCCCCCGGAAACUUGAUAAGCGGGAAGGAAGCUUUCAAGAAGAAUGUGCUUCCAAUACCUGAGAGGGGGAGGAGUGGGGCGUUUGAAAUGCGUGCUUCUUUGGCAUUAACUGGUUUUGUUUUCAUUGUUGGAACUUGCUGUCAAUUUCUUUUCUAA